AUGCAUUCGAUCUAUUACUCUAGAAUUACGUUUAGCGCAAUAGAACAUGAAUUUCAACCUGUCAAUAGUGUUCAACUGAUAUUAGUUACAAUAGCUAAAAGUCGAACAAUGUGCUCUGUGGCAUGUAAUGAACAGCCGUUCUGCCGUACAUUAGAUUAUGAUUCAGCUUCGGGUCGCUGUCGACUUUUCGAAGCAGAUGAGACGACUGGAUCAAUUAUUUCAUCUACUUCACCCACUUCAAUCGUUGGUACUGUUUCCAUCUCAUCACUAGAAUUCGUUCAUAUUCAUAAUGAAUCUUGCAAAGCAUGUCAACAAGAUCGAUAUGAAUAUUGUCCGAUCAAUGGAAAUACUUGUCAAUGUUGGCCACAUACAUUCUGGAAUGGUUCAGUGUGUUUGUUACAACUAUUUGAAAACGGCACUUGCUCACAAUUAGAUGCUUGUCGAGACGAUUUUAAUUUGACUUGUGCAACGGAAAUGGGACAAUUUACAAUUUGCACAUCAGAUCUCACAACGCUCGACUCUACUGUUAUUACAAGUAUGACGUCUACCACUCCUAUCUGGAUGUCUACUGCAAUCGCGACCACUACUGAUCAAGUCACGACGACUGAAAUCCCCACUAGUACUCAAAGGAUUACCACUGUAAGUGUUCAACAAAACAUUACAACAGUUGCUGGUUCUUGGAAUGGAUCUUGUGCGGCAUUGAGUGGAGGUAUGACCACACUUCAUACACAAGGAGGAAUAACUGUUUCUCCUGAUGGGACGCUUUAUGUAGCUGAUGGUAAUCCUAUCUAUGCUGUGCUUGCUUUCAAGCCAAACAAUUUCACAGCUAAACAAAUAAUGUCAUUCAGUGACUGGCCAGCAUUCAUGUUUUUUGAUAGUAGGACAUCAUCACUCUACGUGACAGUGUUCUAUUUAUAUUACGCACGAGUUUGGCCAUCAAAUCAAACUAUUCCUAGCGGUACUACUGGUAGCUGUGCUGCAACUCAGUUGCUUUGGCCAACUGGCAUUGUCGUUGAUUCUCUGGGUAAUAUUUACAUAACUAGUAGUGGAUGUCACGUAGUAAUAAAAUGGAAUUCAAAUGCUACUAUUGCAACAGUUGCGGCUGGAUCGUUAUCGGUGUCAGGCACCGACAACUAUCAUUUCAAUCAACCAUACGGUUUAUUUCUUGAUGCAAACGAUUCAUUACUUUAUGUGGCUGAUUUUAAUAACCACCGUAUACAAAAAUUCAUUUUGGGCAAUUCAGCUGGUGUAACUGUAGCUGGUGGCAACGGGCAGGGUUCUGCAUCGAACCAACUUAACCGCCCGACAACCAUUUAUGUUUCUCAACAAGAUGAUUCAUAUUAUAUCUGUGAUUAUCACAAUAAUCGAAUACAAAGAUGGGCAAUAAAUGCAACUUAUGGUGUCACUAUUGCUGGAAGUAGUGCUGGUGUAGCCGGCAGUGCAUUGAAUUUAUUAAAUGCGCCAUAUGAUAUAUGGGUUCAUCCAAAUAAAACAUUUAUGCUAGUAUCAGACUCAAAUAAUUGUCGUAUACAGAAAUAUAUUCUGUAUUAA